AGGGAAAGCAGGGAAGGGAGAGGAGGUGAAGAAAGGGAUCCAAGGCAACUGCCACUUGCAACAGGCACUAGUUGGAUUAUUUCGUGCUAUUUUUCUUCAGAGCAUUGAAAUUUAACAUUGCAGCACCUGAAGAUGGAAAAUUGGUCGGUUGAUCAAGUCUGCAGCUGGUUGAGACAGAGAAAUUUAGGAGAACUAGUUCCUAAGUUUCGUGAAGAAGAAGUGAGUGGGGCAGCUCUUCUGGCUCUUAACGAUCGCAUGGUGCAGCAGCUGGUGAAGAAGAUCGGGCACCAGGCAGUGCUGAUGGACCUCAUUCACAAAUACCAGCAGAAAAGGAGGGGGCCAGAAUCCCUUCCAUGCUGCUGUGAAACAGCUCCUCCAAAGCUCCCAGAAGUAAUCAGUGGGGCUAUUGACAGACAAAUGUCAAAUUCUUCUGGUCCUUUGGAGCAGAAAAAAUAUCUGUGCACAACUGAAAAUGAAGAAGGACUAAUUGAUCACAGAGUGCUGAAGCAAAAAAAAAAUCUGAAAUCAUUUUUUGCAAGAUACAAGACGCUGCAGUGGACAAGUUCUUAUGCUUUGCCAGACUUCCCUUACGACGUCAAGUGCCUGUUGGCAGAAAAAAAAUGCCCUGAUCACAGUAUGAGAAUAAGGAUUAUUGAAUUUUUACAAGCAGACAUGACAAAAUACCUAGAAGGAUCGCUGUACCCAAACAGUCAGCAAUAUAACAUUGUUGUCAACGCUCUGCUGCAGGCGUACCCCUUCCUCGAUGAAGAUGGGAACGGCUUUUUACUAUGGAAACGGGCCCUUAAAGAUCGUUUCAAAUAUGUGCGGAGACCCAUUGAAGAUGAUGAGCAAGUCCUGAGGAACAAAUGCAAGUUUGGCCACAGGCGAGGACAGACCAGGAAAUCUUCCUUUGCUGAAAACAAGCCUGAUGACAUCCAGCUGCAAGCAGAGGAAGAACCUGUUCACCUGGAAGGCAGCGCAGUGGCUGCACACAUUAAGUGGCUUAAGCAAGAAUAUAUGAAAACUCAGAGGAACUGGGAAGAAGUGGAUAACAGAAUGAACGUGACCGCAGAAGUACGGAGGAAGAUGAUCAGCCAGAAGGCACCUUUAAAAGAGAUUCUUAGACUAUUUCCUUUCUUAAGAUGCCCUUAUCAGCUUUUUAGGGAGUUCCAGCUUCUCACACACACGGACAUUUAUAAGAAAACAGUUGAGAUUUUGGAGAUUUAUUCCGAAAACAUAUUAUCUUUGUGCGCAGUGAGGAAUAAUCCAAUUAACAUCCUGCUGCAGGAAAAUCUGAAGCGACACACAGAGGAAGACGUUCUGAAAUAUCUGAAAAUGACUGCUGCGUGUUUACUCCUGCCGGGUGUCUUUGGAGAUGACUCCAGCCUGUUUGCUGUGGUGAACGAGAAGGUGAAGGUGGCCACGCCAGUGCUGGAAGUGAGAAAUCCCUUCGAUGUGAACUCGUGCAAGUUCGUGCUGUACGUGGGGAGGGAGGAGCUGGCCCAGCUCGACGACUGCACCAUGGCCCUGGCCGCGCUGCUGGCCGCCUUCCGCGUCUUCCACAUCCCCUGCCCCAGGAGAAUCCGCAGGACCCUCGGCUUCCUGGAGUCCCUGGUCCUGGAGGAGAGCAGCCCAGCAUCCCUCCCACCUCUCGGGACCAUUUAACAUCUCCUCAAAAUAAAUCACUUUGCUGUGAAGAUAAAUCAGUGCCAUUCUUUCUGGUGGAAGCGUAUGUGUAUUUAUAACUCUGUUACAUUUAAU